UGACUUAUAUUUUUCGUAUUACAUUCGCAGCAACAUGUUUAAUAAAUGACAGAUCCAUGUGCCUCCCCAUUUUUCCUCUAUAAAUUACUCCCAUCAGUUGCACCAAAAUAUACUAGCUUCAUAUUUCUCCAAAUCAUACACACUGCCAAAAAUUAUAAUCAUGAGUGCAAUUAAUGAUUCUCAAUACCAUGUCGUUUUGUUCCCUUUCAUGUCAAAAGGCCACACUAUCCCACUCCUCUACCUAGCCCGCCUCCUCCUACGCCGCAACAUCGCCGUCACCAUCUUCACCACUCCGGCCAACCGUCCCUUCAUUGCCAACUCCCUCCGCGAAAACUCCUCCGUCUCUAUCAUCGACAUCCCCUUUCCGGAAAACAUCCCCGAGAUCCCUCCCGGAAUUGAGAGCACCGACAAGCUCCCUUCAAUUUCACUGUUCCCCCAAUUUGGCUUGUCCACCAAGAAAAUGCAACCCUAUUUUGAAUCCGAGCUUGAGAGACUGCCGCGUGUAGAUUUCAUGGUCUCCGACGGGUUCCUGUGGUGGACUCUUGAUUCCGCUAACAAAUUCGGUUUUCCGAGACUCGUAUUUUUUGGUAUGUCCAUAUACUCUUCAUGUGUUUCAAGAGCCGCGUUUGAGGAUAAGCUUCUGUUUGGGCCCGAAUCUGACACCGACCCGAUCACUCUGACCCGAUUCCCAUGGAUCCGGGUCACGAAGAGAGGUUUUGAUCGGCUUACGACAGACCCGAAAACGCUCGCUGAUUUCAAGAUGUUGACGAACGGGUCGAUGCUCAAGAGCUAUGGUGUGGUCAUGAAUACCUUCUACGAGCUUGAGCCUGUUUUUGUGGAUGAUUACAAUAGUCGUCAUGGUGAGCCCAAAGGAUGGUGCGUUGGGCCUCUUUGUUUAGCUGAUGAUGGGCCUGAAAAGCCCAAUAAGCCCAAUUGGAUUCUUGAUUGGCUAGACCAAAAACUAGAGCAGGGAAGGUCAGUUUUGUACAUAGCAUUUGGUAGCCAAGCAGAGAUCUCAACAGACCAAAUCAAAGAAAUAGCAAUUGGGUUGGAGAAAUCUGGGGUGGAUUUUUUGUGGGUGAUUAGAAAAAGUGAAGCAGAAUUGGGAGAAGGGUUUGAAGAGAGAGUGAAAGGGAGAGGAAUUGUAGUGAGAGAUUGGGUUAAUCAGUGGGAGAUCUUGGAGCAUCAAAGUGUACAAGGGUUUUUGAGUCACUGUGGAUGGAAUUCAGUGUUGGAGGGUAUAUGCGCUGGUGUGCCAAUUCUGGCAUGGCCUAUGAUGGCAGAGCAGCCACUGAAUGCAAAAAUGGUAGUGGAAGAGAUAAAGGUGGGUUUCAGAGUGGAGACAAGUGAUGGGUUUGUGAAGUGGGAGAGGUUGGAGAAGAUGGUGAAGGAGUUGAUGGAGGGAGAGAUGGGGAAGGAGGUUAGGAAGAAUGUGAAGGUGAUUGCAGAUACGGCCGAGAAGGCUAUGGAGGAGAAUAGUGGGUCUUCAUGGAAGACCUUGGAUUUACUCAUUCAGGAGAUCUGUGACUGUCCAAAUAAGGUCGCAGAGGUCCUAAAUUGAUAAUAUGCCAUGCAUGGGGACUAAUAAUUCUUGGGCUGUGUACUAGGGUAAAUCCAUCGGUUCGCACAACAAUUUAUAAACAAGUAAUAUGCAAAUGCUGGUGAAGUGCUUCAAAAUUGUAGCAUUGGAAAACUAAUAUAAAAUGCUCUCCAAAAACCCUUGAAUUAUCUGCACUAAAAUUGUUGUUUGGAUGGAUACAAACAUGGUUACAAACCCUUACCAAACGCAGCCAUUGUUAGUUUGGUAAAACAUAUUAUUGAAAGUAGCAGAUAUGUUAAUAGAAAUGAUAGUAACAGAAAUGUUGGAUAAUUUUAAUAGCAGAGAUGCUGUCUGAAUGGUUGAUAGUGUUUA